AUCUCUCUGAGCCUCUCUGCACCGUAAGUUCUCAGUGGGCUGAAGCUGCUCAGCUGUUCCGGCGCUUUUCACGGCGGUUCUGUAAAGGGGUUCUGAGGGAGGCGAUGGCAGAGCGGUACGCGGACCGGACCGGCUGUGUUUGGGACAGAGACUGACGCUGCUGCCCGUUCUUCGCUCUUUCCCAGUUCUGUCUCCGUGACUCGCCGCUCUCACCGCUCCGGCUCGAGCGGACUCGCCUCGUCCUCGUGUGAGAAGCCGUUUGGGUACAAUGGGCUGCUGCACCGGCCGCUGCACCCUCAUACUCCUCUGCACUUUCCAGCUGAUGGUGGCUCUUGAGAGGCAGGUGUUUGAUUUCCUGGGUUAUCAGUGGGCUCCCAUCUUGGCCAACUUCUUCCACAUCAUCGUUGUCAUCCUGGGCCUUUUCGGCACCAUCCAGUACCGCCCGCGCUACAUAGUGGUGUAUGCUGUGUGGACGGCGCUGUGGGUGGCCUGGAACGUCUUCCUCAUCUGUUUCUAUCUGGAAGUCGGAGGUCUUUCCAAGGAAAGUGACCUCUUGACCUUUAACAUCUCCGCUCACCACUCGUGGUGGAGCGAGCACGGCCCGGGGUGUGUGCGGCGUGAGAUGCCCCCUAGUGGAAUGCGAAAUGCGGACACGCACUCCUACGUCUCGGUGAUGGGCUGCCUGCUGGAGUAUCAGUAUAUCGAGGUGUUACACAGUGGAUUUCAGAUCCUCCUCUCUCUGCUGGGCUUUGUGUACGCCUGCUACGUCGUGAGCUCCAUCACAGAGGAGGAAGACAGCUGUCUACGUAAGUGAAGGUGUGUGUAGCGGAGAGGAAACAGCGGUAAUUCCUCAGAGAAUUCCUCCAGAUUCCUCCCUCAUUCAUCUCACAUCCCUGCGCUCUUUCUCCUCCAUCCAGCUGCCUCUGUGUUUCCACACUGCCGGCCUUCUUGCUUAGAGGCCCUUUGGGAAAAAGCAGCUGGACUUUACAUAUUAUUAACCUGGACCAAGUGAAGUAAGCGCAUUAGCUUUAACGCUAUAGAGUGGCUACAAACAUGCACCACUGUUUAUUUAGGCAGAACCACAAUUAGGGAGAACCUGAUAACGAUAACUGAUAAUUAAAACUGUGCUGUGGCCGAUACUGAUAUUGACUGAUUGACUGGGGCUGUCGAACUUAAUGUGUUAAUAACACGUUAACAUGAAAAAUUAUUAACCAUUUAUUUUUAUUUUUUUAUUAUUAACACAUUUUCCUAGUUUGACCCAUCAAACCGUCCAUAGUGAUCCAGGCUGAAGCCCAACUGCUCGUGCACUCUGUGCUGCUGUGAUAGAACCCACAGUUGUAACCCUCUCAUUCAAAUACAGCUUCUAAUAAUAAGUCAUACCUUCGGCAGACUGUGCUGGACAGUGCUGGACAGAGACCGAUAAAUAAAUCAGUGAGCAGCAAACUAACAAAAGCAAUAGUAAAGUUAAAAACUCAAGAGCUUUUACUAUAACAAGAAUUCAGGGCUAUAAAUGAGAGUGAGAGGCUACAGUCAUGAAGAUGAUGUAUCUGAUACAGAGCUCAAAUGUAGUUUUAGGACAUUUCUGUCAUCAUUUGUUUUUUUAGAACUAUUUUAUUUGUUCGUAUAUUAUGGAAAUAGUGCUUUCCCAUCUGGAAAAGUGUAUAAUUUCAGUUUUAUUAUAACUUUAUAUAUUAUAUAAAUAAAUAUAUAUAAAUAUUUUUUUAUAUUAUAAGGCCUAACCCUCCGUUUGGCUUAAAAAAUAUUAAUACACUAGUCCAAAUGUGCAAGCAUGUCAUGUUCAAUCCAGAGAUCUCCAUUACUAUAACUGUAAAAUGUAAAUUAAUGUUUGAGUAUUUCUGUUUGCCUUAGUUACGUUUUCAGUUCAUUACUGGGAUCAUUUUGAGUUUCAGUUAGUAAACCUGGUCAUUAUUGCUGGUUAUUAGGAUUUGUAUUGUAACUUUACCUUGGAAAUAAAUAAAUAAAGUUUGUAUUCAGAGUGUCCCAAGACUAAUUUGAGCACUGUAUAUACACUCAUAUACACACAGCCACUGUUGCUUUUACUGGAUGUGGGGAAUGAAAAUGGGAAACUGUGGUCACUCUGUGGGUUUCUAUACAAACAUACAAUUUAAUGUUAUAUUCAUGUGAACUCUGUGUUAAUUGUCUUCAUUGUUUGACAGCCCUAGAUUUACAUUAUCAUCCAUAUAUAAGUGCACUCUGAUUUUAAAUAUUAUAUUACUGUGACAGUUAAGUCAUGAUAAUUAUUCAAAACAGUUCAUCACUGUUGGAACAAACAGUAACUUUAUAGAGAAAUGAAAUAAAAACAUUCCUAACUUUCAAUGUAAGUUAAUGUAACAAGUGUUUAUUCUAAGUCAUUUGGACGACUUCAGUUCUGUUCAGCAUAGAAUUUUGACCCAGUGUGAAUAUCAAGGCUUCAAUUUAAAAAUCAUUUUUACAGAUUUUAUAGGUUUUGUUCCGACAGUGACGAAUACUAAUGAAAUGUGAUGUUGGGUGUUUUACCCAAUGUGCAAGCUAAACACAGUUAUUAGCUAAAUUAUAGGCUGUAAUUCCAAUAUUGAACAAUAAUAUGUUAAGGAUAAUUUCAUUUCUCAUUAAUAAAAUAAUGUAUCAGCCACUGAUUUAUUGUUCUCCCCUCAUCACAAGUGAAAGAAAACUUAGCCAAGGCAAAAAUGUUGUCUUCCAAAUUUGUGUAAGCGUCUGUUCCAAAUACAGUGCAGGUUGUGUUUGUAUCGGCUCUGCUGGGUUCAUUGUUAGUGGCUCCGGCUCAGAUGUGGAGGUUUGGCUGAGUUCUAGUUGUAGGAGUUUACAGCUGAACAGGAUCUGCGCAGAGACACCAGCUGAGCAGGAAAGUGGACGGGGAGUCGGUUCGUUCCACAAACAAAGCAAGCCAGCCUGGACGACUGCAGCCAAAAAUAGAACAGAAGAGAAAAAAUAGAGAAGUUCUGGGAUGGAAGCAGCGUUUCUCAGAGACCUGUGACCAGAUCUCAGAGGAGGAGUGAUCGUUCUGAAGCUUUUCCUUCUCUAAUCUGAGUGACGUCAUCUAGUCUUCAGUCCUAAGUCUGAGUCUCUUUAAGUCCAAAGUGCUGUGAUAUUUGUAAUUAAGGUUUUAUCAGUAUUUAACAUGAUUAGGAAUUUGCGAAUAUGCAAGUAUUUUAACGAGGCUGUAAUGUUGAGUGUUCUUUUUUUUAAAUGAUCAAUAUUUCAAAGCGCAGUGUUUUUAAUUAAUGAACAUUGAGAUCAAAGAGAAGAGUGUUAAAUAGUUUGUGCGCGUGCUGGGAGGGGCUGGAAUCCACCGUAAUUAAUUAAUCCCUCUGUGAAAGUUUAAAUAACCCCACAUUGUGGGAGACGCUCAGUCUGUCUGCAGCUCUGACUGCGUUUUAUUAGUGUUUAGAUUAUAAAACACGUCAAGUGCUGAGUUGCUGUCAGUCUUUCACUGUAGAUGUAAAACUACUGUAUUCAUUCAGAAAAGAGCUGCUGGGGCCGGACUGGACAAAAUGAGCUGAAGCACAACUGCAUCACUCGAUUAAAUGUUAGUUUUUUUGUUAUGUACAGCUUGUUGUGCUGCUUUAUAAUGAGGAGUAGUUUGGAGUGAUUUUUUAUUGUUGUUAUUUCCACAUUAUAGUUUACAGUCAGAUGCAAAAGUGUGAACAUGAAAUUACAUGUUUUGUUGAUUUUCUAAGUGAAAAGAAGAACACGUCCAUACAGAGAACUAAAAUAUGGCAUUUUUCUGCUAAUUUUAGCACAUAGUUUCUAUUUAUUUAAGUUUUACAUAUUUGAAAAAUAUAAACAUAAAAUGCGCCAUAACUUUUGCACAGACGUUAUGAUUUUUUUUUGUUAAAUUCAGCAAAUAAACAGUGACUGUGCAUUAAAUUGUGCAGAACUGUGUUCUUUGUUAAGUGUGUUUGCUUAGAAAAUCAAAACAUGAGGAGUUUCCAAAAUGCUGUAUAUCUAUUUGUGACAAUAUUAGAAAUAACAAGUUUUUGAAAAGAAUAACAACAAAAUAGAAUAGAAAACACAUUCAUAUUUCUGUAAUAAAGGUAAUAUUAAUCAGAAUGCAGAAUAAAUCUUUCUUUGUUGGGUAAAAUUUAACGUCCAACACUGUAUGUCAUAAAUAAAAAAACAAAAACUCCUGAAAAUGGGCUGUAAUGAGUUUGUAAUGGAACCCUUGAUGUGCAGUUUGACCAGCAUGACCCAAACUUUUGUAUAUGAGACCAGGUUGGGGGUCUUCAGUCCAAACUGUAAACUUGAUUCUCACAACCUGAAAACUAUCACAUCGUUUUCAGAGAUGAGCGACAUUCACAGCUAUUACAAAGAAUACAGCACAGUUCAGUUCCCCACAAGGUUGUCACUGUGAGUGUGAUACUGUAGCGCCCUCUAGUGUUUAAUGUGCUUCUGUACGACUAACAAGGUGUUUGAGCUGAAUCUGGCAACACAGGACCAGGGUGAUUGACUUUUUACUACAUUCAGAUGAAACUUGUGUUCGUUUGUAAUUCUACAGUAAACGUGUUUGGGGUGUCGUCUUUAGGCCAGCUGUGAACAUGUGACUGUCCAGUCUGUUGCUGAGUGCCUGUGCAUGAUUGAUGUAAAUGAAUAUCCUUUCCUCUCUCUCUCUCUCUCUCUCUCUCCCCCCUUCUUUCUCCAUCUCUCUCCCCUUCUCUCUCGCUCCCCCCCGUCUCUCUCUCUCGCUCUCUCUCUCUGUCUCGCUCUCUCUCUCUCUCUCCUGUUGCCCCUCCUUUUGUUUCUCUUUUUUACAGAUGAGUUUGAGUUCUUUGUUACCAUUGGGCUUGUUUUUUUUGUAUCUCUCCAAUGUGCUGUUCAUUCUCCAGAGUUCCCUGUUGCUGCUGUGCUGAUGAUGUGAUCUUAUCUGUCCUCAUGUGUUUGAUGUCCAGACUGUAAAUAGACAUUUGUUAAUAAAAUAAUGUGUACUUUUCAUCAGA